GGAUCGCAAUCGAAUUCCCAGACCCGCAUCCGAUGUUGGACGCAGUGAUAAUGGACUACCAAUACGAGUUAGAGAUCUACUGCGACAAAGGAGAAGACCAUCCGGAUCUGUUGGGUGGUAGUACUGAUACAAGUGGUGAUUUGAUUGGUGUUGAUGCUUUUGCUAAUUUUCUGUGAUUAUUUUGAUUUGUGCACUGCCUGGAAGAUUCGACUUUGAUUUUUUGUGCUAUCAUGUUAGAGAAUCUCUUCACUCUUGUUACUCCUGGAAGAUUCGAGGAGGAGGACACCAGGAAUACCAAGAGUGAAGAGAUUCUUUACCAUCAGCCUGAGCUUAAUACAGGUGCCGACUCAUCCCCGACCAAUUCGUUUAAUCGAGCGGAACAGCGUAGACGUGACGCCAUGAUGCGCGAAAGGGAGAAGAUCUUCGAGGAUGCGAAUCGGAUCCGCAAGCACUGGGGCUUGAUGCUUCGCCACACUGGAACACUGCCGAUGGCUAAAUCAAGGGCGCCAGCAUAUUUCAACUUAAGGCUAGGAGGUUCUUGUCAUUGUUGAAACUUGGAGCUUACUGAAAUGAAUGGAAGUAGCAGGAGUACGAGUAGGACCACGAAUUUCAACUUGUCGACUAUGACUAUCGUCAUUCAAACAUUGAGUUCUUCUAAUCCCCCGAAAAAACCACGCCAACCGCGCUCUCGUCGACCAAUUACCUGAGCAGUUACGCGAGCCCGGGCAUCCAGUCCUACAGGGCGGUUUACAUCUCACCGAUAUCAUGUUGGAGUACGUGCAAAGUGAUGUCAACAUGUCAAACGCUGAGAAGCGGCGGUUCAUCGAGAAAUUCGUAGCAGAAUCCCAUCAAAUGUACGUUUCCGUAAGAGUUAGAGGACGAUUUACAAGUGGCAUUCCAAUGAGCUGGUCCAAGAACAAUUUGACGACACUCUCUGUCCCACUGGGAGCUAGCUUUGCCGGGAGAUCACUGCUGAUGAGCGAUCUGUACAUGACAUCAGCGGCCGAUGCGAUGAUUGCUGGUACUAAGUCUUUCUUCUUGUUCUUGACAAUGACAUACACAUACACAAGAAGAUGGUCCUGUAGUUAUUUCCAAGUGAAAACUUUCAAUUCAUCUUCGACCACAACCCCCUCCACCCCCCACUCAGGUGGCACAGGUGGCGACGACCCUCAUUGUGAUGAGAAGCACAUUUCCCUCGUCGAAAAGGUGGACUUUGAUGCCCUGAGUACCAAAGACGCCGUAGCCAGUUACCUAGCUUGCUCUGCGGCGGAUGUUAGAGAGCGGCUGAGGAACGCUCGGAACUGGGAAACCUUGAGGGAGCGAAGGGAAACCAUGAGGAAGUUACGGGAAGAUACUUUGUUCAUCAGUACUUACCGGAUAAGUAUGAUCUGGUUUGUCGGAAGUAACUCUUGUGAUGAUCUCGUUACUCUUAUGCCUGUCCUUCUUCCCCCAUGCGCAACACGACCUCCUCCUUGUGAUUAUCUCGUUACUCUUUUCUUUCUUCCCCCAUGCCCAUGCGCAACACGACCUCCUCUAACAAAAAGCGCUGCCGCACGCAAGCAAGCCCAGAGAGACGCUCAGCACCGCAAGACGAAAGCAGGGCUUCUACUCCCAGCAAUCGACGAACUUCGCACCUCAGGUGCGGAGACAUUGAGAGCCGUAGGCUCGCGGAUAGAUCAAGUACUCUUCGGAACAGGUGGUGGUGGCGGAGCUCUCUCGAAAAAAGCCGAGAGUUCAGAAUCUUCUUCGCGUGUAGAGUAUCUACGGACGAUGUGUCAGGAACUAGGUUCGGUGACCCAGUUUCUGGAUGACGUGGAGAGUGCUGUUGGUGGUCCAGCCGCAAUUUUGGCGAGAUAUGGAGAGAUAAGAGUUGGAGGUGGUCGUGCUGGGGACUCUAGUACAACCGCCGCAAAAGAACACGAAGAUCCAGAAGGGGAAGCUUUGACAAAGAAGUACAAGACCGAGUACUAUCCAGAGUUGUCGGAUUUCUUGCGGAAGUUUGGUUGUUUGAGGGAUGUGGUUUCAACGAGUGGCGCCAGUGGAGGUGCUGGAGCAACAACUACACGUGCAGCGAGGCAUGUAGAGGGCACAGCUGCUCCCGUUGCAGGACAAGCUCAAGCAGCUCCAGCAGCGGCGGAAGCACCUGCUGCCGCAACAGCUGACGCGGCUGUGGUCGCGUGGGCACCGUAUCUAGUAGACGGAAAGGGCCAUCAAGGUGAACACCAAGGUCACGUAGAUGCUCAGCGUAUCACUGAUGACGAUCUAGCUCAAUAUACAGAGAAAGCUCAAGCAGCCGUUGCUCCAGGCCCCAAAAAACUCUGCUCUUGCCGUCUC